AUGGGGAGGCGUGGAAAUCAGGCCCGUGGGCACCAUUCAAGGAGCAUCCAGGCCCUGAGCAGUCCCUCACAGUGGCUAUCCCAGCAGAUGGAGUCCAAAUGGAGCCCCAGCUGGGUGGGAAAAGUGCCGGGCUGGGGAGAUGCAUGGCAACAGUGCGAGGAGGUGAGCAGGGGGGCACAGGGCAUCUAUGCCUGCACCUUCCAGCCCAAGGCUGGCAGUGCCAUCUCUGUCCUGGUGAAUGUCACCAGGACCCACAUGCUGCCCACACUCAGCUACUUCAAGGAGCCCUUUUGGCUGCACCAGGCCGUGCUCACAGAUGCCCCACAGCUUGUGCAGGCAACAGUGUCGCUGGGCCGGCUGAGCCUGCAGUGGCUGCCGCCCCUGGAGCUGCUGGCAGAGCAGCUGGACUACCAGGUCCGCUAUGCCAUGGAGAACAGCCAUGACUGGAAGGUCCUGCAGGUUCCCCGAGCAGCGAGGAAAGAGGUCCUGGACCUGCGGCCAGGCUCCCGCUACCCUGCGCAGGUGCGGGCCCAGCCCAGCGGGCCGUGGUACCGGGGCAGCUGGAGCGCCGGGUCCAAACCCGUUGUGGUUGAUGCCGUGGCCAAUGCAGGUAAGGGGCGGAGAGUGCUGGAAAUGGGGAAGGGAGCACGGGGCAGGGGGCUGCGAGGGGCUCAGAGAUGGUGGGUCUGGGAAGGGCUACAGUUCCGGCGUUCGUCCACCGAUGCAGGCUGGCUCAUCCCCAGUGUUACAGUGGUGCCGCUGCUCUUCUCAGCAGUGCUCCUGGGGCUGCGCUGCACCUUCCCCUCCCUCUACAGCAAUGUGAAGCAGAAACUCUGGCCGCCCGUUUCUGACCUGCACCAUGCUCUGGGCAGCUUCCUCCAGGAAAGCAGCAAGCACGGCCAGGCCAGCGCCUUCAACAAGCAGCCGCCGGAGGAGGCCGUCCUGCCCUGCCUGCUGGAGGUGCUGCCUGGUCCGCGGCGUGAGGCGGGCCCGCCGCCGGAGCACGCCGGGGGCCGCCUGUCCAGCACCGACAUCGCCAGCCAGUCCUACCUGCUCAUGAGUGGCUGGGAGCCGCGGGCAGCCACGACCGCCUGCACCCCGCCAUAA